AUCAGUUCCAAAUCUAUAAAACCUAUAAAAAUGUAAUUAAAUUAUGUUUCUCUAUGUUACUAUUUAGAUGUGCUUAAAUUAGAAUAAACAAACAGCGGAAGUUCGUGGACAAUUCUUAUUAUGCUUUGUGCUCGAUAUUGGUAAUAAGAUCUAAUAAUGUAGCUCGAGUAAUAUAAAAAUAUUUCAUUUACGUAACAUAAGGUAUAUAAAGGUAUAUAAGAAAUCGUCCAACGAAAACAUUGAAAGUUAUCAUAAUGACUCCACUAGUUGCAACGUUCUUCGUAUCUUUGCUCCUAAAUAUACCUUUUAAUAUAGCUGAAUUACUGGGAAAUCGGCCAUCAAUUCAAGGUUUUCAAAAUCAUCAUCCUGAAGAAAGUCUUCUGGACAUUUUUAUAAAUCCGACAUCGAUCAUCUCAAAUGAUCACGGGACAAUUGGUAAUAUCCUUGAUUUGGAUUUUAAAGCGGAGGAUAUAAAUUAUGAACUUUAUACCAAGAAUAAUAAAGAACAAGCCGUUUCUCUACGAGUGGAUGAUGCUACACGAUUGAGAGAUUCACCAUUUAAUUCAGCAUGGCCAACCAAAAUUAUUAUUCACGGAUGGACAGAGAAUGGAAAUGCUUUUUGGGUACACGAUAUUCGACGAAAUUAUCUCAGCAUUGGGGAUUAUAAUGUGAUCUGUAUAGACUGGUUCGCCGGUUCGACCAAAGAAUAUCUGACGUCCGUCAAACUCACUCGUCAGGUGGGUGAAUACGUGGCUGCGUUCAUCGAAUUUCUCGGAUCAGAGGCUCAACUUUCCUUUGAUGACAUUCAUAUUUUGGGACACAGCUUGGGUGCUCACGUAGCCGGAUAUGUUGGUAAUUAUGUGUCCAAAAAACUCGCUCGGAUUACCGGACUCGAUCCGGCUGGCCCAGGGUAUGAGACGCCUUAUUUCAAGGACUCAGAGGAGCGACUGGAUGCUGAAGAUGCCAAUUUUGUGGAUGUUAUCCACACCUGUGCUGGCAGUUUAGGCUUUCUUAGACCCAUAGGACAUGCGGAUUUUUAUCCAAACGGAGGAACAUUUAGGCAACCCGGAUGUCCAAUAUUUUCAUCCCAGUCCUGCAGCCACGGUAGAUCGCAUCAAUUUUUCGCCGAGUCUAUUGUGCAUUCGGACGGCUUUGUCGCCGUACAAUGCGCCAAUUGGAUGGAUUUCCAGCUUGGUAAAUGCGGCAGUAAUAAUUCCAGCAUUGCUGUUAUGGGUGAAUUUAUCAACACUGACGUUCGAGGUAUUUUUUAUCUGAUAACCAACGCACAGCCACCGUUUGGGAAAGGCGAGAUAAAAUGAAGGAUAAUAGAAACGUUUAGAUGUAACUUCGCAUAUUCACAUUGAUUACACAUACAUAUGUAUUUCGUUAUAAUUAGCAAUAUCGCAAGAAAACGUACAAACGUAGAAAGUACUUCGCUUAUGAUACCUCUAUUAUAAAUACACUAUAGUAUAAGAUAGUACGAUAUAAAAUAAUAAAAAAAUUAU